CCGCCAAGCAAAAAAAAAAAAUGAUUUUGGCGCUCCCCUCUUCGCCCAUUACAAAUCCCACCAUUACUUUUCCCCUAAAAAAUUUCAAACAAAAACAGAGCUGAUUUCCUCCAAAUUCAAAUCACAGCGCCUCAAAUCCCCCAUUCUAAUCCUACCCACCCUCCUUCCUCCCUCCUACACCUCCAAGCUCAAAUCUUUCUCUAUCCCCUCUCUCCUCCAAUCCCUCCUCUUCUCGCCAUGGUUCACAAAGAGAAGCUCCCCACCAUUGCCGCCUCCAAGAAGCGCUUUGCUCUCCCCGACAUCUCUCCACCCAUCAAGCGCCGCGCACUCGCCGAGCUUCCGGCUCUCUCAAACUUCGAUCAUGGCCCCAAAACCAGAUCCAGAUUCCAGAAAGAAGAAAAGAGACGCGCCAAGCCCGUACCAGAUGAGCCCUCGAACAUCGCCAAUGAAGAAGAUGAUCCCCAGCUGUGCCUUCCCUACGCAGCCGACGUUCUUGCUUAUCUCCGGUUUUUGGAGGGAGAGGAGAGGAGAAGGCCGAUGCGGAAUUAUAUGGAGAAGGUGCAGAAGAAGGUUAUAUCUGCUAAUAUGAGAGGGAUUUUGGUGGAUUGGUUGGUUGAAGUGGCUGAAGAGUAUAAGCUCUUAUCUGACACUCUUUAUCUCGCAGUUUCCUAUGUUGAUAGAUUUCUCUCAUGCAAUGCUGUAGAUAAGCAAAAAUUGCAGCUUUUGGGUGUUUCUUCUGUGCUCAUUGCAUCGAAAUAUGAAGAGAUUGAGCCGCCAAAGGUGAAGGAUUUCUGCUACAUAACUGAUAAUACUUAUACCAAGAAAGAGUUGGUGCAGAUGGAGGCCAACAUACUGAAAAGCUUGCAUUUUGAGAUGGGAAAUCCUACUGCCAAAACAUUCUUAAGGAACUUCAUUAAUGCUGGCGUUGAAAACAAGAAUUCGGAAUUAUUGGCUAAUUUUCUUGCUGAGUUGAGCUUGCUGGAUUAUGACUGCAUUCGGUUUUUGCCUUCUUUGAUUGCUGCAUCUGUUGUGUUCCUUGCAAGGUUCACCAUGAAUCCAAAUGUGCAUCCUUGGAGCUCAAAGCUGCAACAAUACACAGGCUACAGCUCCUCUGAUCUCAAAGACUGCGUCUUAGCUCUGCAUAAUAUGCAGAUGAAUCGAAAGUUCUCAUCUUUAACUGCUAUCAGAGAGAAAUAUAAGCAACCGAAGUUCAAAGCUGUAUCUGCCAUGAUCGUUCCAUCAGAGAUCCCAUCAUCUUGCUUUGAAGAUUUUGAAGAGUUAUGAGUUGAUUUUGUGACUGCUGUUUGCCGGAAAAUUUCGAUUCUUUAGAGCGUUUAUUGUAAAUCUUUUGUAAUUGGUGCAAUACGAGUUUAUAGGUUUUUGGCUGCCAAAAUAAAUGCAAUGCAAAAGUAGGUUUUCGAAUUGAAUUGGAUCAUUAUGUAAAAACAAUGCAUUUCAAGGUAAAAAUUAAUGCAUUG